UUCUACAAAUUGUCAUCAUACAUAGAAUAUAUAUAUGCACUACAUAUAUACACUACAUAUGACUCGAUCAUAUGUUAUCAAUUGAACAUUUAUUUAUAUUGCACUUUAUCUAUCCCUCUUUCCGACUCGCUCAAACGGCUCCCCGACAUGAGUACCAGAUAAAUAGGUGGUUCUGGGAUCGAAAUCGUCGAAAUGCUUCACAACUCCUUUUCGUUCCUCCUCCAUCACAAGCGUCACGGAAUGAGCGUCCAAGAUUCUUUUGGCUGAAGGAAAAAGGCAAGAAGUUGACGAUGAAGUGGCGAAGUUUGAAGGACGGUGAAAGUACAUCUGGACAUUGGAAACUCUAUCUCAGUUUGUGGGAGACUCCCACCGGAAUUUUGAUGGGAACGUCAGUCUGUUUUACCCAAAAGGAAGAUGUGAAUGAAGCCGCCCAAACAAUUUAUGACGCGAUUAUGACAGACGAUGACGAUGGUUGUAGUUUCCGAUUGUUUGUUAAGAAACACAAUCUCAGCCCCCGUACUAAUGGAUCAAUACCACUCGGAAUUUUCGCAAAAUCGGAACUUGCUGCCAAGAAGAUCAAGUGGUACUUGAAACUUCUAAUUAAAGCGUUGGGAACUAUACACCCAGAAGAAUGUGUCCGGCUCCUCCACGACAAGGGAGAAUAUCUCAAUGAUGUCGUCCGACAAUGUAUGGACCUCUUGGAUCCUAAAACCAGACGGUGGUUGGAAUUCUCUGCCGAAGCAAUGGACCUCCACAUUGUGGACAUUGACGCCACAUUCCCUGGAGUUGACGAAGAUGUCAAGUUUCGAUUUGAAUUCAAGGACAGGUAUGGGUUUGAACCAGAAGACGGAAGUGCCAAAAGCAUUGCAUUUUUAGAUAUUAUUUCGCAUUCUUUGGACAUCUCGGAUGAUGAUGUCGUGGAAGAAGAUGAUGAUGGGUCUGCAGAAAACGAGUAGGAGUACUUGGACUGAGUAUUAUUAUAUUCAAGUAUUUUUAAGUUUGAUCAUUUCAGUUAGUGAUUUGUA